CUUGCACACACACGCGCUCAAACUUUUCUAAGAGUUUUCCAACUUCUGCUCGAGCUCAAAUCGCCAGCACGCGAGCUCUCUCGCCGCCUUGACUCCCGUUUUCCGUUUCGUGCUUUGAAACUUUCUUUCACUCCAAGCAUUUGAACCCUCUUUUAAGUUAUGUUUGCCUCUAAGUGUUUUCUUAUUGUAAAUAGAUGACAGCGCGCGAGGGUUUACAACUGCUUCACACGCGACAGAGUGGAGCUUCACUUCUAUAGUAAUUUUGUCUCUUUUCUAUCUAUAGUGUGUGUGUAUAUACUACAGAUUAGUUCUUUCAAACUUUCCCAACACUUUCACUUCCAAUGGACAUGGCUGUGCUCAUGUGGGACAUCGUUGUUUCUCUAACGUUAUUGAUUUCUCCGGCUUCGCUCUCGCCGGAUAAGAGCGGCUUCAGGAAACUGUACGUGCUUCAGCCGGGACCGAGCGGGACGGACGGGGUUCACGUGAGCUCUAUUUCGUCGCUCGCGGGAGCGUCGGGACAGCCGCACUCCUACAAUGUGGAGCUCAAAGCCAGCCUCGGCGGCCAGGUCCGGACCCGCAGAAUGGGCCACCAGUCGAACCCGAGCAUUCCGAUCCGCCAGGACGCGCAGCCUGGCCGACACACAUCCAGCCAUCAUAUGAAAAUGUCAGGAGUGAACGUCUGUGGGGGGCAGUGCUGUGUUGGUUGGAGCAAGACCCCGGGAUCUCAGCGCUGCACUAAACCUAACUGUAUGCCCCCAUGCAAAAAUGGAGGGAUGUGUUUGCGGCCCCAAAUUUGUGUGUGCAAUCCAGGUUCUAAAGGCAAGUCCUGUGAGCAGACCACUCUGCCUCCAUCCUCUCAUCCAACUGGACCAUUAAACGGACACACCAAUGGUGGACUUCCAAAUGGAGGUCAUACGAAUGGAUAUCCCAACGUUCAUAAUGUAAUUCCCCAGCGUCCCAUUCCUCAGCAGAUCUUCCCACAAGGCCAAGGUAAAGUGCCUUUACCGUUGCCCGGCACCAACAUGGGACAUCUGACUCUGUCCAUGAAGCCAUCACCUAACGGACCCAUUCCUUAUCAACCACAAGUACAAAACCCAGUAAUGACAAUGCACCAAAGCAAAACCCAGAAAUUCAUGGUUCAACAGAAAAACUACCACACUCACACACAGGUGAAUGGAUUCGGACCCACCCUGAACCGGGCCAUACCUCUUCAAGUGGGACACAAUCCAAUAAAUGUAGGGAACCACACAGGCCGGAUCAAGGUGGUCUUCACCCCGACUAUCUGCAAGAUGACCUGCACCAACGGCCGCUGUCAGAACAGCUGUCAGCAGGGCAACACCACCACUAUCAUCAGUGAGAAUGGGCAUGCUACGGACACACUCACAGCCCCCAACUUCAGAGUCGUUGUUUGCCAUUUGCCCUGCAUGAAUGGAGGAAAAUGCAGCGCUCGGGACAAGUGCCAGUGCCCACCAAACUUUACUGGAAAAUUCUGCCAAAUGGUGAAUCCCAACGGUCACCAGGGUCAACAUACUGUUGUAAACGGACAGAAGACACAUGUACACUCAACGCACACGUUACCCCUCACCUACGGCACUGGGCAAAACCAGGGUUUGGUGAAUGUCCAUGUGAAACAUCCUCCAGAAGCCUCUGUCCAGAUCCAUCAGGUGUCUCCGGUGGACAAUAACGGGCAGGUCAAAAACACACAGUCCAGCCGCACCUUCACCUACCACAGCAGCAGCCAGAGCAUCCAACACGGACAGACUCACAGCGGCGUCAUUUACCCCAACCAGCAAACAUACCCCCAAUACCAGCCGGUGACUUCCAAGAACCAGCUGGGACGCUGCUUCCAGGAGACUGCUGGAAUGCAGUGUGGGAAAGCUCUGCCUGGCCUGUCUAAACAAGAUGCCUGUUGUGGGACGGUGGGCACAUCAUGGGGAUUCCACAAAUGCCAAAAAUGCCCCAAGAAAACAUCGAUUCCUUUGAUUGAAUGUCCUCAAGGCUAUAAGAGGCUGAAUGCCACUCGCUGUAUCGAUAUUGAUGAGUGCCAGAUUCAAGGAGUUUGUCCCAAUGGAAACUGCAUAAACACCAUGGGCAGCUACAGAUGUAUCUGCAACCCAGGCUUUGUGGCUGAUCACAGCCUGACCACCUGCUUCCCUGAAACACCUGCUCUUCGUGAGGAAAAAGGUGCUUGCUUCCGAUUGGUCAGUUCGGGGAAGCAGUGCUUGCACCCUGUGCCCACUCAACUGAGUAAACAGAUAUGCUGUUGUAGUGUGGGCAAGGCCUGGGGUCCUCAUUGUGACCACUGCCCCCUACCUGGGACAGCUGCGUUUAAAGAAAUCUGUCCAGGAGGAAUGGGUUAUCAUGUCACCACACCGUACAUUUACAAGCCCAAACCUCCUAAUGGACACAUCCAGACAGAAGUUCACAGGCAGAACAAGCCCACCAUCAGACACCAAGCGCCUGUGGAUCCUCCCAUGCCCUUCCCCACCCUACAGCAGCCCGUGGAAGCUCUCAGCAUCACAGAGAGGCAGCUACCUGUGCCCACAGUUCCCCGGCAGGAGCUUUAUAUCCACAUGAGUGUUGAUAGGUCAGUAGUACAGCCCGGACAGGCCCAGCUGUCACCAGGGGUAUCUACAAUCAGGAUGGAGCCUGCCCUCCCAGAGGUAGUGGAGAAGGUGUCACCACCCGCUCCUGUGGCACUUCCACCCUCCAAAGAAAGUCAGGACAUCUCCCCAACACAGCUGGCUGAGAUUGAUGAGUGUCAAGUGACACCUGAUAUCUGUGGUGCAGGAAUCUGUUAUAACACUGAUGACAGCUACAAGUGCAUCUGUGAUGAGGGCUAUAGAAUAGACAGUGAGGGCAUCACAUGUGUAGAUGUCGACGAGUGUGCAGAGAGCCCAAGUUUGUGUGCUAAUGGUCACUGUCAGAACACUCCAGGCGGAUUCCUGUGUGCGUGUGAGCCUGGCUUCAUGCCUAACGAGAAGGGCACCAGCUGCUCUGAUAUCGAUGAAUGUCAGGAUGGAAGAGCGUGUCCGUCCGGUCUCUGCUAUAACACUCUGGGCUCUUUCAUGUGUUCUCCUUGUCCGGAUGGAUUUGAAGGGAGAAAUGGCCAGUGUGUUGAUAUAAAUGAGUGUCUGGAUGAAAAAGUAUGCGCUCAUGGUCAGUGCUUCAAUCGGGAGGGCUAUUUCGUUUGUACAUGUGAUGAAGGAUUCUCGCUCACUCCUGAUGGCAAGGCCUGCAUAGACAUUGACGAAUGCCAGGAUGACAGCGUGUGCAUCCAAGGUCACUGUCAGAACACAGAGGGGUCGUUUAUCUGCAACUGUGAACCUGGCUUUAUAUUGUCGUCCACAGGAGACCAAUGUAACGAUGUGGAUGAGUGUUUGGAGUUAUCUCAGACCUGUGAUGGUGUGGGGCAGUGCGUCAAUAUCUUGGGAUCUUACCAGUGCAACUGUCCACAUGGAUAUAGACAAGUUAAUGGCACCAGCUGCCAAGAUGUUGAUGAGUGUGAGGAUGAGACACAGCUGUGCGUCCCCAACGGAGAGUGUUUGAACACAGAGGGUUCGUUCCUGUGUGUGUGUGAUGCCGGCUUUGUGUCCACUUGGGAUCCACCAGGCUGUGAGGAUGUAGAUGAAUGUGGGGAUGGCAGCAGAUGUGUAAAUGGUACCUGUUCAAACACAGAGGGCUCAUAUCUCUGCCAUUGUGAAGCAGGCUACCGCCUGGAGCCAACCAAUCAGACGUGCCAGGAUAUUGAUGAGUGUGCUGACUUGGGGACGUCUAUUUGUGGGGUUUGGGCCUGUCAGAACACACUGGGCUCUUACCGAUGUGAGGCACCCUGCCCACCUGGCCUUUCUCGAGGCGAACAUGGCGUCUGCAAUGAUGUGGAUGAGUGUACUCUGAAUGAGAAUACCUGUGGAAGUCAUGGUGUUUGUCAGAAUACAAUAGGCUCCUUCAGCUGCCAGUGCGACCCAGGAUUCAAGGACUCUCAGGAUGGGCAGGGUUGUGUGGAUGUGAACGAGUGUGAGCUGCUCGGGAAUGUGUGUGGUGAGGCCACCUGUGAGAAUCGUGAAGGCACCUUCCUGUGUUUGUGUCCCGAUGAGAUGCAAGAAUUUGAUUCGAACUCGGCCAAAUGCUUCUCUACACCACCAGUCACACCAGUGGAGAGGAAAGAGUGUUAUUUCAACUUAAAUGAUGAGAACCUGUGUGAUAAUGUGCUGGCCAGCAGUGUGACUAAAGAGGAGUGCUGCUGUACGCUAGGAGCCGGCUGGGGGGACAACUGUGAGGUCCAUCCCUGCCCCAUACAAGGAACAGAUCAGUUCUCCCAGAUGUGUCCGGCAGGCCAGGGUUACAUUCCUCCUGGAGAUCCCAUGAUUCCUACAACCAGCUUAGCAGAAAGCUUCAAAGAUGCAGAUGAAUGCAAGCUUUUUGAAAAUGAGAUCUGCAAAGAUGGCUUUUGCCUCAAUACCCACGGUGGGUAUGAGUGUUACUGCAAGGCCGGACUCUACUAUGACGAGAACAAACUGCAGUGUGUUGACACUGAUGAAUGUGAAGAUGAAUCAAACUGUAUAGAAGGUAAAUGUAUGAACACAUAUGGGUCAUAUCUGUGUUUCUGCACUCCGCCCCUGGUUCUUGCACCGGACAGCACUCGCUGCAUUUUACCCCACUUGGCAGGACAAAGAGAACCUGAUGUGUACCCAGGUAUUUGCUGGGAGACUGUGACGGAAAGGAUGACCUGCACAAAGCCCAUUCCCAAUCUACAGACCACGUUCACAGAAUGCUGCUGUCUACACGGAGAUGCCUGGGGCAUAGAUUGUGCUCUCUGCCCACUAAAAAAUACAGAGGCCUAUGCCACUAUGUGUAAUAUCCGUCAUUUUGGUGGACCCCGUCAGCCGUAUGGUCAGGAUGCUUUAGUCGCUGGCCCAGUCACUGAAUACGGCCCUGAAUAUGACUCUCAACCUCUGAACCCCGACGGCACGCUGCCCCUCUUUGAGGAUUAUGAAGGACCUAGACAUCCAUAUGAUGCGUUUGAAGGACUGCGAGCUGAGGAAUGCGGCGUGCUGAACGGAUGUGAGAAUGGACGGUGUGUGCGCGUGCAGGAGGGAUACACCUGUGACUGCUUCGAUGGGUACACACUCGACAUGUCCCGCAUGGCCUGCGUGGAUAUAAAUGAAUGCUCAGAGCUGAACACAAAGAUGUCUCUUUGCAAGAACGGCAAGUGCAUCAACACACAAGGCUCAUUUAAGUGUGUGUGUCUGCCAGGAUUUGUCCACUCUGCCCAGCACAACUACUGUGUGUCCCAAAGACAGAAUGCAACCAGUACGAGCACGGAGUGACCAACAGGGGGCGCAAGAUACACUAAAAACACUCUUAUUUAAUCAAGGCCCAUAUAUUCUGCACUGUAUAAAACAAACACCCAAAAAUUGACCCUAGAAAAAAAGUCCUACUUGAGAUGAAGAGUUUAAUGUGCUAUCUUAUGGUGUCUAUGAGAGAACUGUAUAAAAUAUUUGUUUUAUUGGUCUAUGUAAGUUUAUUAUUUUUUACUGUAUUAGGAAGUAGAAAGGUGUGAACAUAGCAGAGGUGAUAUUUCAGCAAAUUGACAAACCCUAUGACCUUAAGCUGGGGGACUGCUUUAUUUUAACCCAGUCAGAGACACCGAGCGUGUGGAUAUUUUACUAAUGCAAAAGCCAGACUCUCUCUUUCCAGUUUUCUUUUUGAUUUUUUUUAGUGUCUUCUCCCUUCUUUCUGUUUUGAAUUCAUUUAUUGGCUGAUUUUUCUUUCUCUCAUCCUUUUCUUUUCUAUUCAUAUUUCAAUUUUUUUCUUAUGGCCUAAGCGAGGCAGAUCACACCACAAACACAUAAACCUUAGUACAUAGCUUCAUAGGAAACAUACAGAGCACAAACUGUUUUCAGUGUCGUCUUUAAAAUAAGCUUUUUAUAUGAGCUGCUUUGUAUUAAUGACAGACACCAGCUAAUUUUCUAUGUCUGGGACAUUAGUCCACUGCAGAUGUCUGCCCUGUGGAGCAGGCAUGACCUUUAACCUCGCCUAUCUUCUAGAAAUUGUUUCUUUGAAAAGAAAAUAAUAAAAAUGAAGUGCCUUUAUGUAUUUUUUCAGAUAUUUUUAACAGAAAUCUUUUACUGCGUUUGAUGGUGAAAUGUCUUGCCAGGUUGCAAAGCUGCUAAUAAACAGCCGUGGGAUUUUUUUUCUUUUUUUUUACUCUUUCUGAAUUCUUUUUUUUUUUUCUUUUUUUUUUGACAUUUAAACUGAAGAGUUGAUUAAAAACGAUGUAUUUGUAAUUUGUACAUGAAUAAAUAUCUUCUGAAUAUCCA